UGGAGAAGUAUUGAGUUCAAGCAUAGCUUGAUAAAGAUUUCUGGACGUGGGGUCCGAGAAUCCCAGUCCACAUGACCAAAACUAGUCUCUCUAUCCUUUUCGCUCUUUCAAGCUAAGUUUGGAGAGAAGACAAUGGUGAGAAGUGAAAGAUGAAGAAAAGAAGGAACUUGUUAUGCAUGUCCCAUGGCCUGUCAUUGCGCUCACUACGCCUUCUCACCAUCACCACACAUGCGAUAUUUCUCCAUCAACAACAGCACCAAGCUAUCAUCUAAAGGGACCAAACCCACUGUUCUUUCCUCCAUUGGCAACAGCAGGGCUUCCUAUAACACAUUGGUCUCCGAGGCAGUUAGACUUUUGGGUCCUCCAGCAAAAUUUGAAGCUUCAAAGCUGAAAGUUGUCUUGAUGGGCGAAGAGAUUAAUCAAUACUCUGCGAUCAUCCCUCGAACCUAUAUCUUGUCUCAUUGUGACUUCACAGCAGACCUAACCUUAAUCAUCUCCAAUGUCAUCAACCUGGAUCAGCUAAGAGGUUGGUAUAGCAAGGAUGAUGUGGUUGUUGAAUGGAAGAAACUAGAAGGACAAUUGGCUCUGCAUGCCCAUUGCUAUGUGAGCGGUCCCAAUCUCUUGUUAGACCUUGCCGCUGAGUUCAGAUACCACAUAUUCUCGAAGGAAAUGCCUUUGGUAUGUUCAAGUCAGGUACUUGAAGCUGUGUUAGAUGGAGAUGCGGCACUUUUCACAAAACAUCCUGAGCUAAAGGAUUGUUUAGUUUGGGUAUAUUUCCAUUCCAGAUUACCCAAGUACAACCGAUUGGAGUGUUGGGGGCCAUUGAAGGAUGCUGCUCAGGGGCGACCACGGGAUCAUCGAGGUUUUUCUGUGGCGAGCAAGGCUAGUUCACGUAUUUCAAGAAAGUCGGGAGGACCAAAGUCCAUUUUCCAAACUCUUUUUGCCUUCCUUCUUUGACGUGCUCUCUCCACAAGCAGCAUAAUCUCAAAGGCGAAUUUCCAUGGCCAGAGUUGAAAGGACUCUGCUUACAUAACAUACAGACACCGAAGUUGAAGUUGCAGUAGAACAAUGAUUGUUUGAGGGACGGUUGAUUCUUUUGCAAGUAAUUCAUUUCUUUCAUUGGAAAUAUCAAUUGACAAUAUUCUUGUGCUGGUCAUAACAUUUGUUAAUUUGGCUAAGGCUGGGUGAAGUCCUAGUCGCUUCGUGAUUAAAACACUAAAAUUGGAGUCCUA